AUGGAGAAAAGAUACAGUCGGGUUAAAACGACAUCAAACACUGCUCGCAGCAUCGUAGGCGAUUGCGCUCGAAGCGGCGUAGUGAAGUUGGCGGUUGAGAUCGACGUGGGACCAUCGGGGACUGCAGUGCUGAGUGGUACUCGGAAGAGCAAUCCUAACCGCACCACCGCAGCGCCGCGUGCGCAGCCGCCUUCGCAACUGCAAGCAUUUGCCCAGCCACAGAAGCAACAGUUUCGAGUUUACGUAUGUACACAUUGA